AAACUUCGCUGUCUGCCUUCCCUCAUCCCUACUGCACACACUCUCUGCUGCCAAAAAAACGGCCAUCCUCCGCCCCCUCCUCAGCUAACUUCCUUCCAGCAUUUCCUGAGCUGGAUAAUCCCAGGAUCUGUAAAACAGGGGAAAAGGAGAGGGAGAGGGAGGACAGGAAACUCGUUUCUCAUUCCACUACUGCUGUCCGAAGGCAAACGGGCAAGGGAAGGCAGGGCUGGAGAGCUAAGAGGAGCUUCAUACAGCCUUUGCCUGGGUCCCUCUUCAUUGGUGUUUUUGGAGCUUUCAGUUUCUUCCACAAGUUCAGGGAAGAAAGAAGUUUAAAAAGAGGGGAGUUUUUCCUCUCAACAGUGGGCAGGACCUACUGACUUUCCAUCCUGUGGGUGGCUUUGGAGGGGACCACUGAGGAGACGACACCCACCUCUGCCUUCGUCUGCCCUGACUCGCCAGCUCUGAUGUGGACACCAGUCUACCACCCACCACCCUCUGAUGAGAUCCCUUCCGGGCUUGGGCUAUGAUCACUGCUGCUGCCUGCUGGGGAGCCUUCUCUCGUCCUGAUCUUCCCCUGCCACACAAGCAACCCAACAUCUGGUGGGGAUUAAUGCACAUUUCUCUGGCCGGACGUCCUGCGAGACCCCCGAUGUCACCUCCCGGGAGCGGGAUACAGGCAGUGGUCUGAGGAGAAGCGUGAGCUGUGCCUGCGCUUGGUGUGAGGGGGGGGGAGGGGGGUUCGGCAGGAGGGGGGUGAGCCUCUUUUGGGACUAACUCAUGAAGAACAAGGGAGCGAAGCAGAAGCUCAAGAGGAAGGGAGUCGCGAGCGUGUUCGGCUGUGACCUGACGGAAUAUCUGGAGGGCUCUGGGCAGGAUGUCCCCUACGUGCUGAGGAGCUGUGCAGAGUUCAUUGAAACUCAUGGCAUUGUGGAUGGGAUCUACCGGCUCUCUGGCAUAACAUCCAACAUUCAGAAGCUGAGGCAAGAAUUUGUUUCUGACCAAUGCCCAGACCUCACAAGGGAAGUUUACCUCCAGGAUAUUCACUGUGUGGGGUCACUCUGCAAGCUGUACUUCAGGGAGCUGCCCAACCCCCUCCUCACUUAUGAACUCUACAAGAAAUUCACGGAGGCAGUAUCACGCUUCCCAGAAGACCAGCAACUGGCCCAAAUCCAAAAUGUCAUCCAGGAGCUCCCACCAUCACACUACAGGACACUGGAAUACCUGAUCAAGCACCUGACUCACCUGGCUUCCUUCAGCAACAUGACGAACAUGCACACCAGAAACCUGGCACUAGUGUGGGCUCCUAAUCUUCUCAGAUCAAAGGAGAUUGAGGCUAUAGGCUGCAACGGGGAUGCGGCCUUCUUGGAAGUGCGAGUCCAGCAGCUGGUGAUCGAGUUCAUCCUGAACCAUGUGGAUCAGAUCUUUAACAACAUAAAAGCCAGCUCCAUGGAGAAUGAUGAGAGCAUGCCAGUGGUGAAGAGUCUUACCCUCCCCUCAGCCUCCUUGCCCAUGAAACUGGUGAGCCUUGAAGAAGCUCAGGCCCGGAGUCUGUCAGCUUCCCACCCUGCCCGGAAGGAGAGAAGAGAGAACAGCUUGCCUGAGAUUGUCCCAGUUACUGGAUCCUUUUUCCAUACUGUCGUUGACUUACCCGACAGCAAGAGAAAAUUAUCCACCAAGUCCAAAAAAUGGAAGUCAAUAUUUAACCUGGGCCGGUCUGGGUCGGAAUCAAAACCUAAACUGAGCCGAAAUGGCAGUGUCUUUGUGAGAGCGCAGAAGCUGUCUGAGAAAGCAACAAUUAGACCUGCUAAAAGCAUGGACUCGCUGUGUUCCCUGCCUGUGGAAGGGGAGGAUGAGAAGAGCCGGUUCAAACGCACAGUGGCUGCUGGAGGAUUCUUCAUUCCAGUGAUGAAGGUGCGGACAGGAGGCACGGGAAGCUCGUACGACCUCAGCAAGGAGAAUGAGUGGAACCAUGAAGGGACCAUCACAGGAGCCAUGGGAGGUUCAGAGCACAGUGGGGACAAAGCCUCCCCCAGGACCUCUCAGGCUCGGCCGCCCCCUGAGCAGCUGAAGGUAUUCCGGGCUGCGGAGGACCCUGAGAACGAGCAGACCUCCCCGAAGAUGUGCCGCAUGUUCUACACCUCAGAGGUGGCUGCCAAGUCAGGCUUCCCCAGCAACCUCUUCCCUCUGGAGGCCUCCCCUCGGCACCAAAGGAAAGCCCUGACCAUCUCAGAGCCCUUUGCUGUCUCUGUGCCCCUCCGGGUGUCUGCAGUCAUCAGCACCAACAGCACCCCAUGCCGUGUCCCUGCCAAGGACAAGCCGGUCCUUUCCAGCUUGGAGGAACUGUGUCCCUUGGGGGCAGAUGGCUCCACCCCCACUGCACAAGAAGAGGAAAGCCAUGCCAGGCCUGAGCAGGCCACAGGCAGGGAGGAGAAGGCACCUAGGGAGGAGAAGGCACCUGGGGAUGAGACUGCAGCAGGUUCUUCCAUUGAGAAACUGCCAGCAGCCAGAAAGCCUGUACCUUUAGAAACCCCCAAACCAAUAGCAGAAAACCAGGAGCCAGUGGGUGGCAGGAACAACAGUAGCAUUAAGAAAAGCCCAGUACAUGAUGCUAACCUGGCUCAGGCAUCAGCAUCAGAGACCCCAGCAGGCCUGUGCCCAGCAGAGGAAUCCAUGCACAGCCAGGUCAGGAUGAAGGAAGGCCUAUCAGAAAGGGACAGCUGGCAGCAGGAGAUCUCAAGGGCUAAAGAGGUGGAGGCCUUGUUUCUCAGAGAACUGGCUGAAGAUGAUGCUGCCAAUGCCCUACUGGAACCCCUAUGGCCAGAGAUUCAACAGGAGCUCAAAAUUAUUGAGCCUGAAGAGGAGCUCUCGUCCUUCCCCACAGUGGCCCCAGAGGCAGGCCAACCCCAGCAAGUGUUAACACUCGGGAGUGAGUCUGCUGCCUCACCGCAAACAAAUAGUUUCUCCUGUGGCUCAGUGGUGGCCCCAGGCCUGUCCGAACUAGGAACUGUAGUCAGAACCUCAUGCAUCACAUCUCAAGGUCCAUUAUGUGGUGUCCCCUCCAAAGAUGGAUCCAGUGGCCUCCAGAGUUUUCAAUCUGAACAGGCUGCACAGCCUGACAGGGCUGCUGCCGUACCCAGGCCAGGCGCUGUGCCCUGUGGGACUGCUGCCCCAAACAACCACCCAAAAGUGGAGGGCCUUGCAAGUGCUCUUCAUCCCCCUCCCCAAGACUUGAAGCUUCAUGGAGAGCAAGGGCUUGAGGAGGUUCUUUCCAGAGAUGAACUCUCUGGCCCCAAAGGUGCCUGUUUGGACUCAGAGAAGAGAAAAGGCAGCAGUAGCCUGCCACUGAGGGAAAAGGGUGGCAUCCCUAUAGGACAGGACAGAGCCCAGGCUGAAAGGGAGAAGGUUGGCAAAAUGGCUUCAGGUGUAGGCAGUGUGUUCCUGUCAAAGAUGCAAAAUGGAGUCAGAGUCCCACAUCCCUUAGAGGGCAAUGUAGCCAACAAAGCCCAAGAGACAUUUGACCAAGAGGAAGAGGAGGCAUGGACAGACAACGUGCAGGGCUUGGAGCUGGUAGAGCCUUGGGAGGAUCACCAGUGGGUGACCAGCCCACUCCACUCCCCCACUUUCAAGGACAUCCAAGAAAAGGGGAUGCCAGACUUUCAGCCGCCAAGUCACGGAGCAGAGGGGAGCCUUGCCACUCGGCCACGAUUCAGCCGUAGCCUUUCCCUGGAUAGUAAAGACACGGUGAUGAGUCUGUGGAUUGUCCAGCCACCUUCCACAAAUGCAGCUGAAAAGCCCCCCUGUGACAAUCUUUUACUCGGGGCUGGGAAGGUGUCAGUCUCACCGUGUGGCCCAAGCAAAGUCGAGCAAGAUGAGAGCUAUCUGAGUCUUCCAGAGGCACUGCCUGCCAGGCUGGAGGGACAGGGUAUGGUCUCUCUUUCAGAGCCAGAGCAGAAAGAAGUGCAUAGGAGCAAAGCUAACCCUCUGGGCUUGAAGCCAGAGCUGUCUUUGUCACACCAUAAUAACCCAGACAAUUCCUUACAGCCAAAGAACACAGAUGAAGACCCACCCAAGCUUCAAGACGUCAUGCUCAGUGAAGCGUCCCUGCCCAAAGGACUGUGUUCUGCCAGUGAGUCACAGCUAGGUAGCAACAAAAGUGAAGACACUCCCCGUAAAAUGAGAACCAGGCCGUCAUCUCUCAACCUGGAUUCUUUUCUUUCAGCCCCAGAUUUCUUCAAGUUUGAGGGCCUGGUCAUGCCCACUUCACCUGGAAACAUCCUGUGUGGGCAGAAGGAAAUGAAGGGCAGUGAUUCUGUCCCAUCACUGCCUGUUGCUUGCCCUGCUGGGAACACAGCUGACUACUGGGGAUCUCGCUUUGAGGCUUGCAGAGACCUAGACCUAGAUUACAUGACUGUGACCCAUGCCACCACAGGCCGCCGUAACUCUGCCCCUGUGAGUGUGUCAGCGGUGAGGACCUCCUUUAUGGUCAAGAUGUGCCAGGCCAGAGCAGUGCCGGUGAUACCGCCCAAGAUUCAGUAUACACAGAUCCCACAGCCAUUGCAGCCUCAGAAGGCUGAUGAGGAUGCCUCUCCAGCACCAGAGAAGAAGGAAACAGAAGCAAGUUCAGCCACUCAGCAGACUCACAGGGCAGCUUGGAGUCACCCUGAGCCUCCAAAGAGCCCACGGGCAGAGAAGAAAGCCAAAGAGGAGAAAGAAAACAGUACCCCCACUGAAAUGGAUUCAACCCCUUCCAGCCAGAGUGGCCUCAACCCUCCUCCAGACCUGUCUCACUCCAAUAAUACUUCCAGCCAGGAUGCCCCUGUGCUGCGUCGGAAGCGCACCUCAGAGGGGGAGACCUCAGCGGACAACCCCCAGUCCUCAAAAAUGGAGAGGCCAUCAGGAUUCUCCAAGCCUUCCUACAGAUCCAGGCCAGGAAGGCCACAGAGCCUUAUUCUCUUCAGCCCCCCUUUCCCCAUCAUGGACCACCCCUCUUCCUCCACAGACUCCAGGGUGUUGUUAUCACCCAUAAGAAGCCCCUCUCAGACCACCUCUCCCACCCCCAUUUGUGGCGAUCUGUCUGGGACUCCGCGGACAACGCCUGAGGGGGUCACUCUGAGGAACAAAAUGACCAUCCCCAAGAAUGGCCAAAGACUGGAGACCUCCACCAGCUGUUUUUAUCAGCCCCAGAGGAGGUCAGUGAUUCUAGAUGGGAGAAGUGGGAGGCAGAUUGAAUAAAGGCAUUUCCCCUCCUCUCCUCUUCCCUGGUGGAUGAGACAGGAGCAUCUAUUUGUUGCUGUUGUUAUUGUUCUUAUAAAUAUUCUAUGCAAGGAGGACACAAAUCCCCCCACCCUUUUUUGUCUCCUAUAGAGCAUUUUGCUACUGAGGUUCAUGUUCUCUCUGUCUUCCUUUUGCUUCUGGCCCUCCCCACUUCUCCCGACCCCAUAUUAUCUGCUUUAUCCCAAGGAAUUUGUCUUUCCUCUGUCUUAUUUUCUAACAUGGACUGUCUGAAAACCUUGCCCUCUGUCUGGAAAAAAACUUGCUGUGUUCCAGCGGACUUGAGGACAAGGAGGUAAGAUCCAGCAGGGACAUCCUUUUCCCUUCCUAAUGAAGGACCAAUUGCACAUCCAGCUUUGCUGACCUGUUCUGGGUGGGAUGGGACAAGAUAAUGCUUGAGAUCCCUCUCAACGCUAUGAGUCUUUAGGCAAACUGCAGAGGAAGCUGGUGGUACCUGAAGGUAGGAAGGCAAAACUCACUUGUGAAGAUCAUGUUGGAUGUGAGUUACUCCAGAGAGCCCCCGUGUACCAAUACUCCACAUGGAAGGCACUGCCUUUAGCUGUAGUCUUGCAAGAUAGAUGUACCUCCCCACCAGAAUAGACAAAGGCUGGAAGGAACGUAGCUGGAUAGGAGAAGUCCAACUUCCCUUUUAACCUACUGAUCUGUGCAUGCCUGGUUGUAUCACAGAUAAUACCUCCUGUGGUAAAAUUUGGUUGGAGGUUGCUUGUGGCUGGCUCUCUGGUUACAGGGUGGUGGUGGCUACUCUGGCUGGUGGUGGUAGAAGUGACAUUUUGGGUCAAAAGGAAAACCAGGAUCAACUUUUUGUUAUCCUGUAAGGCCAGUUCAUGAGCCCACAAUUCUCCCCAGCCACUAGUUCACCUGUAGCCAUCUUGUCCACCUCCAGUUGCAUAGCAACCCACCUGCUUGACAAAUAUGAGAGCAUCUAACCAGCAUGUCCUUGGUCUUGGCCUACCCAUCUCCUGAUUUGUGCUUAUCCAGCUGGUGGCCUCCCACUUCUGCCAAGUGGCAUGACUUGGGCCAUUGGCUUCUUGCUCCUUCCAUCUUUCACAAGACUGUAGCUCAGCUCUACUGACUGCCUGCCUUACUCCCACUUACCUGGCCAACAGGCAUCUUCAGACCAGUGAGGAACAAUGCAAAAAGGAUGAUUUGCAGGUGCACAGAGCAGACCAUAAACCAUAUCCUGAGUGGAAAGGAAGGGGAAUUCCAUUUUAAUUAAGCUCAUGCCUGGGAAGGCUGUUAUCAUUGCUAGCAACUAUGUAUUCAUAUAGAGACAAGCUGCCAGUGGCUUCCAUUAUAAACCUUCUAACUCUAAAUUAACCACAGACUCAGCUGUUGAUUAGUGUAUGACUGUAGACUUUGUUGUAUAGCCCCAUGCAGUCCAUGGUGUCUCUGUAUUUGAAGACCACUAGUGAUACUGUAGCACGGAGACACAUACCAGUGCUACCACCAACAUGACAUGGUUCUAGCAAUUACAUCUGUAGAGCUCAGAAUCUACCUGAUACUUAGCAUGUGCUGCAGUUUGAAUAGGAACUAAGCAGCUAGAAGGGCAGGACUAGGAUUCCCACUACAACCGAUGAAAUCUCCAGUUGGCUGUGGGCUUGGACUCGCAACACGUUUACACUGGUGUAAUCGGUUUGGAUGUGGGUGUGACAAAAGUAGAGUAAACACUUAAUGUAGAGCUCUAUACCAGUAAUUCACUUAAGCCUGGUGUAGAAUUAUCCUGAAAAUAAUUACAGGUAGGACUACAUCAUAGUACUUUGUGUGUCCACACCUUAUUCCAGAAGAGCAGUUUGCUCCAGGCAAGCCAUAUACAGCUAUUCUGGGAGAGUAAUAUCUUUCAGCCCUGGAUCCAGGUGUAGUUUACAUUGAUGUAAAAAACUGAGGUAAGUUACACUGGCACAAACGUGUAAUCACUAGAUCCUGUGUUUAGAUUUUUAUUUAAAGGAAUGUCCAUUGUUGGUGUUUCAACUGUAGCUGUUGCUGGUUAGCAGGUGAGGUCUGUGCAAGAAAUUGCCACUUACUUGGUAUUAUCAGGACUCUAAGCUCUAGAUUCAUGAAGGUAUUUAGAUAGCUAACUAACUCCCACUAAUUUCAAAGGGCAGGUAUGAAAGAUUAUGUAAAUCAAGGCAGAGGAGAACUAGUUCUAGAUGCCAAAUUAGCCUAGAAAAAACCUAUAAGAAAGCAGUGCAGCAGCCUGCCUUGAGCAUGGGACUCCCCCCUAACAAUGAUUGCAUCUUGUACCUUGACUAUCUGCAGUCUCCCAAAGCAAGCAGCAAAGCUUGUCUCUCCAACUUUCUUUUAACAUAAUUCUGCUGUUUGUUUAAUUUGCCUGGGAGCCAAGGGCCCUCAUCCAGCUCUUUGUGAGAGGCCUGGAUUCUUAGUCAUGGCCAUACAGUGAAAGGGAAGUGGUGAGGCUUGGGUAGGCACAGCAUUUAACAGUUUACUGCAAAACUUUUUUGCAAACAUAAUGUGAAUAUAAAUGGUUCUAAAGUGUUUCAGUUUCAAUGAGCAGCUGUUGCAGUGUGUGUGAGAAACUGUGAAGGGAGAGUAGGAAUAGAUAAACGAGUUUCAAAAAGUGAAAUGUCAAAAAGACACUGAAGUGAUGAAAGGUUGACUCCUGAAAUGCUCUAAUUUUUUGAUAUAAUGAAAUCUCUGAGACUAAAAACUGAAGGAAGGGUAGUAUGCAUAAUAUAUAUAAUCUUAAUGGGGUCCCUGUAAAAUAAUGAUAUCUAUUUUGCAGCUUGGACCCCUAUUUACUUAAAAUUUCUGUUCUGAACUUCAGAUGAUGCACCCAGCAAGAUGCCCUGCAUAUAGGGACAUCUCUUGUAGAACAACAGAAAUUGCCCUGUUUAUCAUCAUAAAGUUGGGCUUGGGACCUCAAGUUUUGCAAAAGUGGGAGUAUUUGGAUCAAGUGUUCCAGCUCAGCUCCCUGGAGAUGUGGGCCCCAAGGUACCAGGUUCAGCUCUGGAGACAAACUUCUCCAGAGUUCAUGGCAUUUGAAAGUGGGAUUCAGUGUCAAACCUGUUUCUUCUAUAGUUAGUUAUGUGCAGUCAGUAGAACCACAUUUAUGCUAGAGCCAUACUGUUCUAACUGAAUUAUGGCAAACUGCAAUGAUGCAGUGUAUUCAUACCAGCCACCCCUUUUUUGGUGCACUUCUGCCCCAUCUCCGUAUACAACAUAUCCUGCACACAUAGCAGCAGUGCACUGGGGAUAUCAAAUCCAUGGUUUCAAGCAUGGCUCUUCAAAUCUGGGGAUUGUGGGAGUUUCUGCAAGGUACUGUAACAGAAUAGAUAUAUGAGAGAUGGACUUACUGCCUAUUCUUAAUGCUUGGAAAUGGCUUUCCAAGAUCUUAGGGUUGGAUCUACACACUUGCAGACCACAUGGCUGCAAAAACUACUCACAGAGUUUGAAAUGAGUAUAGUUCUCACCCUCCUGAGAAGAGUUUUAGGAUCUUUUCUAGGGUUUGCAGACCUGAUGUUCUCAGUCCUGACAUAGUAGGACAAACCUCUGUUGCUUAUAAGAUCUAGAAGCAUAACCCAGAGGAGUAACUUAGAUGCAUGCAAAUCCUAUUAAAUACAGGGGUGUUGACAUGUGAGAAAUUACUUAGCUGGAUGAAGAAAUUCUUGGCAGGUAUAGGAAACCUCUGGCUGGAUGGGUGGGGUGCUCGUGUGAGACACCUAUCUGAUGGGUAGGGGUGUUGCUGGGUAUAGGAGACACCUGGUAGGAUGGGAAGGGUGCUGGUGAAUGUGGAACUAGAGGGUGUUGUCUUUGCUGAAAAUAAUCAGGGAGCAGGACUAUAUGUUACACUAGCAACUAUGUUGACAUAGACUAUCUAUUCCACUUGAUCACUGAGCAAGGAGUAAAGUGCUUUUCUGAGGCAGCAGUUCUGCACAGGAAGGCUUCACAGGAGCUUAGAUCUGCAAGACACAAUAUCAGCAAAGCCUGCAAUGAUUCCAUUCAGCCAGAAUCCGGAAGGUGCAAUCAAAAGCUUUCAAUCUUUCCUCUCUUUGGUUAUUAAAAUGCCAGUGCUGAUGACUCUUGUGUUAAAUUGAUAUAUAUAUAUAUAUAUAUAAAAGAGCAGUUAUAUAUAAAUAUAUAUAUAUAUAAAAGUGUAAUUAAAAGUGAAGGAAUUGUCUAAACAGCGUCUAUUACCUCUGUGAACCUCGGCCAAUGUUUAGAAAUGUUGUCCUUUAAAACGUCUCUGCCUCUGAGAGCAUGAAAUGGAAUGGCCUGUUCCCCAGGAACGAGAAGCUCGUUAGAUCUGCUGAAUGGCCGUGGGGCAGUAGGGGCCUGAUCUCCUCUCUCUUGAAGUUAGUAGUGACACUCCCACUGAUACCAGUGAGAACAGGACUGGGGACUCAACAAGUACUGACCAGACCUGUGAGCCCCAAUAUUGUGUGACUAAAACCGCCUCAUGCCCUUGUCCCCUACUCCUUCGAGAUCUGUUGGAGUUUCAGCCUCACCACUUAAUGCUCCCCGGAGUAAACCUACAGGGGACUUGGCUAGGCUAGGGGGUCACCCAUAUUCUUUGUAGUCACAACUUGCUCCCACUUCAACUACUCAGCAGGAAUGGAGCCUGGUGCAUUUACCAGUGUAGCAACUUCAGCUGGUGGCUAAGUGGGACAGUACUGAGGAAGGAGAAGGAACCAAGUAGCCAGGUUCUGCUUUAGGGCUGAAUGGUAAGUGCAGACACCAAGAAAAAAUAAAGUUGAAGCCUACUGCACCCCCUUCAGUGAACUGGAUUCAUGCAAAGCAGAUGGUUGGAAAUCAGACACUGUGAAGGGACAGGCUCACUUGCUGUCACUUAUUUCUUCUGGUACUCCUGCUGGAUGGUGUUCUUGUUAAGCAUUGUGUCCAGGUGGGCUGCCUGAUUUGUGCGUUACUGCUUUUUUUUUUUUUUAAAGAGAGUUUUUCCAGGUCUCAUCCAAGAGAUUAAACUGGAGUUUUUAUAAAACA